GAUGCUUACGGCACUUUUUCAGUUUGAAUGCCGGUUCUGGCAACAUCCGUUUCAUUACAAACUGUGUAAGAUGAGGCCGCUUUAUGUGUAUCACUAAGUUUUGUCGCGCUAUAGUAGCUAAGAUAAUUAUAUAAAGAAGGAUGGAGAAGUAACUUUAUGGUAACUUACAUUGGAAAUCUGUGAAGUGUCCCUUAUAAAUCUCAAUAUGCUACUGCCAAAUUUAGCUUACUACCACAUACAUAUAAGGCUACUGAGACAUGGUGCUUUUCUUUUGCUUCACAAUUUUCUGUGUGCUUUAUUUGUGGCCUCAUUUUCAACGUAUAUAAGUUCCACCAUAUUUUUCCUUGUUUUAUUCUGUUCCCUCGUUUUCAGGAAAAGCAAUAGCUCGGCUUAGUUUUGCUUAUGAAAGAAACGUCGAUUCUGCACCAUGCAUUAUAACUCCACUCACCACUCACCACUGAUUUUUCUCUCAAAGCAAGGGUCUUUAUGUGGGAUUCCAAUUGCUAAAAAAGCUAAAAGUCGAAAAGGGCACCUUCUUGAAGAUGGAGAUAACAAUUUCGUAUAUGUCUAGGGGGGUCCGGGGACAUUCAAUCUUCUAGUGAUGUAUAUAUCAAUCUAGUGCAACUUGUUUCUUGCUUGUCAAUGAAUGCUUAAAGGAAGGUAACCACUUGGCAAUCAGUGGUUUUGACGGCUACGGAAGUUUGGCAUAUUUUCAGCAAUAAGAAGGUGAGAUUGCCAAGUAAACUUCCAUAAUGUGCACUCCUCCAAACUUCUCUCGAACUUGUCUUCCUUCCAUCUCAGAAAGUGCUGAAAAAGUACCUUUUUUCACUUCCGUUAGUAGGAUAUAAGUCCUCUCUCGUCUGUAUGGCAUGUAAUACACAGAAACCAGUCACUAGUCCAGCUGUAUUGCUUUUUCCUUUGAAGCUAGUUUAUUAAAUGGUCUUGUUCAGAGUGAGCCUGAAAGUUGAUAAUGAAGUAAUUAAUCAGUUCAAAUUCUCUUCUCUAGUUUCAUGCUGACAGAAGCUUUCACCUGGACUGCUCUUCCUACGUGUAACUUAAGUAACAUUAAGGCUUCCGUUUCUGUUGUUUUUUCGUUAGUUUUUCUCCAAUAUAUGCAACAGGUAAUUUCAGAUGACGAAUUUUCUUUGGAAAUAGUAGGAGAAGGUAAGCCAGAGCUCUAUCAGCUGUGGCCUGAAAGUUUCGUUCCAAAAGGUUUUAUCGCAGACAUGAAGUUUAUGAAACUCGGGGCUGGUCCAGACACCUUCUACACGGAGGAGGCAACUAGGACUGUUUUAUCAGAUGUACCGAGUGACCUCACCAUUCGGAUAAACAAUAUCACUUAUCUUCUCCAUAAGCUGCAGUAUUCUCUUCUUCCAAAGUGUGGUUUAUUACAACGGCUUUCCUCCGAGAAAGAGGAUUCCACCAAUGUCGCCCUGGACCUACAUGACAUUCCAGGCGGAGACGAGGCUUUUGAGCUUUGUGCCAAGUUUUGUUACGGGAUCUCAAUCAACCUCAGUGCCCACAAUUUUGUGUCUGCCUUUUGUGCUGCCAAGUUCCUCAGAAUGACAGAAGCAGUUGAAAACGGAAACCUCAUCAUGAAACUAGAGGCCUUCUUCUCAUCCUGCAUUCUUGAAGGCUGGAAGGAUUCUGUCGUGACUCUUCAGAACACACAAAGAGUGUAUGAGUGGUCAGAAAAUCUCAGCAUUGUCAGAAGAUGCAUCGAAUCCAUCGUUGACAAGAUAUUGACGCCUCCGGCAAAGGUCAGAUGGUCUUAUACCUAUACUAGGCCAGGCUACGCAAAAAAACGCCACCAGUCGGUGCCAAAGGAUUGGUGGACAGAGGACAUAUCUUUCCUUGACAUCGACAUGUUCAGAUGCAUAGUUACUGCUGUUAAGUCGACAAAUAUUCUGCAGCCACAGCUCAUCGGGGAGGCUUUGCAUGUCUACGCGUGCCGUUGGCUGCUAGACAUGACAGAAAGUCAGCCUAACAAGAGCUCAAGUUCUCAAGUAGAUGAUUCUCCACACAGAAAACAAAGAAUUCUUGAGACCAUUGUGGGCCUGAUUCCAGCAGAUAAAGGAUCUGUCUCGAUCAAAUUCUUGCUGAGACUCCUCAGCAUCGCCAACUUUCUUGGUGUGUCUCCGGUGACAAAAGCAGAACUCUUGAGGAUCUCAAGUUUGCAGCUCGAGGAGGCAACGCUGGACGACUUGUUGCUUCCGACUUGGGCCCCCAACGAUCAAACCUCCCAUGACACUGAUUUGGUCAAGACAGUUCUAGAGAGUUUCUUGAGGCAGUGGAGAAGACAAACUUCUGCAGGUGAAAGCCAAUCACUACUGAGAUCAAUUCAUAAGAUUGGAAAGCUUGUCGAUUCCUACCUGCUAGUGGUAGCAAAGGAUGCCAACUUGCCAUUUCAUAAAUUUGAAUCUCUGAUCGAAACGCUCCCAGGAAAUGCACGGCCCGAGCACAACGAUCUCUACAAGGCAAUCAAUACUUACCUCAAGGAGCACCCUGAUCUGAGCAAAACAGACAAGAAACAAAUCUGUAGAUUUCUAGAUUGCCAAAAGUUGUCUCCAGAAGUACGAGCCCACGCUGUCAAAAACGAACUCUUGCCACUGAGAACAGUGGUUCAAGUUCUUUUCUACGAGCAGGAGAAGAAAGGCCACACAACGACAAACAAAACGCAUGCAUCUCCAGAACAACAUGCAGACAGGCAAGAAACGUCGGACAUCAGAGACGAGCUGAACAAACUAAAAUUGAGUGCAGGCGAGCAGUCCAGCAAAGGCAAAGGUAACAGAAGUUCAGAGCCUGGAACAAGUGGAGUUCAUCGCAAUCUGAGGAAGUCUGAUGAUAAGCAGCAACAAAGACAAGACCAAAAGCUUCAAGAUAAGAGCAGUCACCAAACCAGAAACGGAGAAAGGAAGGGAAAUCAGAGAAGAGGACAUUGCUGGGAUUCAUCUGAAUCAUCACAAGAACGCUCAAGUGAGAAGAGUAUCAGAAAAGACACUCAGCAAAAGCAGAGAGAGAUAGCCCAUUAAGAUUACUACAACUUUGUCUUAAAAAAGCUUUCAUGUUAUUACAAUUCAUUCAGGCACAUAUCUGUGAACAUGAAGAUCUAAACAAACAUAUGUAAGUUUGUGCAUCAUAUGUAUACAGUUAUUCACAUUUCUUGAUAGAGCUACAUAUUAUUCUC